UUUCCAGCCGGCGCCCUUUCCCAGGGACGCCGCCGCUCCCCGCGCCCCCACGCCCGCGCCCCCUGCGCUCGCGUCGCCGGCGCCGGCGGCCCGGAACUCCCGGAAGUCUUGGUUCCGUCGCCGCCGGCGCUCGCGAGGGGAACCCGGGCCUCCCGGGACCUCGGCCUGCUCCUCCGGACCCGAGAGGCCGCCGCACCGGUUGUCGCUCCAGAUGCUGCUGCUGCCCCCGCGGCCGCCCCACCCUCGUCCCUCCUCGCCGGAGGCCAUGGACCCGUCGUCCCCCAAGGCAGACAGCCCGUCUUCCACUCCUUCGUCGGUGGCGGGGCCCCUACCCCCGACGCCGGCCCACCUGCUCAUCGACGCCAACGGGGUCCCCUACACGUACACGGCGCCGCCGGAGGAGCCGCCCCCGAGCCCGCCUCCCCGCGAGCCGUCUCCGGUAGAGCCCCCGCCUCGCAAGGGCUACAACUGCCCGGAGUGCGGCCGCGUCUUUGCCAGCCCCCUGCGGCUGCAGAGCCACCGCGUGUCGCACUCGGACCUCAAGCCCUUCACGUGCGGCGCCUGCGGCAAGGCCUUCAAGCGCUCCAGCCACCUGUCCCGGCACCGCGCCACGCACCGCGCCCGCGCCGGCCCGCCGCACACCUGCCCGCUCUGCCCGCGCCGCUUCCAGGACGCCGCGGAGCUGGCGCAGCACAUGAGCCUCCACUAAGUCCAGACCCGGCGCUGGGCCUCGGCGCCCGACCCGCACACAGCGGCACAACCACACACUCCCUGGCGCUGCUGAGGCGAGUGCCUUACCCCGGGCCUCAGUUUCCCUGUCUGUCCCGAGGGAGAACCGUCAUUCCUUCCUCCAUCCCCCCGCCCCCCACUUCCUCCCUGACUGUGAUGUGAGCCCAGGCGCUGCCCCCCCUGGGCCCGGAGCCAGUCGCGGCCGGUGCCAGCCCCGCUGUGCGCGGGAGCCUUUGCCAGGGACUUGCUCUCUCCGAGCCCCGGCGUUCUGCUCCGAAGUGGGGAUGGUGGUCCGCGUGGGAGACUUGACCAGAGCACACGCACGGCUCCUUCUGUAUCUGCCCUCCCGCCCCGCCCGCCCCGUGUCCUCAAUAAACAUUCCGC